GUUCUCUCAUCUCCCUUCCCUCUCCUCAAUCUGUCACUAUGCCCCCAAGAGCUCCUAGGCAGCAACAAGCACCCGUCAUCCCCAUCGUCACUCCGGGUCCACCGGUAACGACCAUUGGUGUACGCCGUGCAGGGUUUGGUACAGCCGGGAGGCCUUUUCGUGUCAAAACUAAUCAUUUCACUGCGGAGAUUCCAUCUGAAAUCAUUUCGCACUAUGAUGGUCUUGAUCCUUCCUUCCGAGAAGGUGUUGCCUGCUCGACUCAAUGUCGAAAUCAUUGCGACGUUGCAGGAGAAGAUCGCACCGCAGGUGUUUACACCUCGUGCCGUCUAUGAUGGACGCAAGAAUUUAUUUGCCGCCCAUACCCUUCCUUUCGGUCAGAUGGCUGAGUUUGAGGUUACCCUUGGGGAUACCAAACACGUUUCUGCCCCUGCGGCCCUUACAGUCCCUCGAGCGGGCUCAGGACCGGGAAAGGGACCCAAGGUAUACAAAGUUCGUCUCAAUAAAGUAGCAGAAAUCAAUCCAGAGACCUUGAGUCGUUUCCUGCAAGGGCAGCAAAGCAACGACAAUUCAGUUUUGACUGCGAUUACGGCUCUUAAUGUCGUCAUCCGUAUGGAGCCUACCAUAAAAUAUCCCUUCAACGUCCGCUCUUUCUUCACUAAUGCGGAAAAGAAAGUCAUUGGGGGUGGUCUUGAGGUUUGGCGUGGUUAUUUCCAAUCCGCCCGUCCCGCUCUCGGGAGGAUGUUGAUCAACAUAGACAUCAGCACUGCCGUUAUGUUUAGGCCAGGGCCACUGAUUAAUGUCUGCUUGGACUUCUUUGGCGGAAAUCAGGACCCUAGGAGACUCAGUUUCAAAUUCGGUCUUCCGGAUCGUGAACGCCUCCGAUUGCAAAGGUUCCUUGCCGGUGUCCGUGUCCUCACGGACCCCACUGGUAAGGGCAAUCCACAGCCUCGAGUUAUCAGGAAAUUAUCUGAUCGCUCUGCAACCGACACGAGGUUUUCACUCCGGGAGGGAGGAAAUAUUACGGUGGCAAACUACUUCAAACAAACGUACAAUAUCACGUUGAAACACCCUGACGCAUUUUGUAUCGAGACGGGCAAUGGGGCCGUGAUACCCAUUGAGCUCUGUAUAAUCCCCGAAGGGCAAUUUAUGCGCCGCCAAGUUCCUCCUGAGAAAACCAAGGAUGUCCUCGAAUUUGCGACUAUGAAACCUGCGGAUCGGCUCGACAGUAUUAAGCGAGGUUUGCAGGUGCUGUCAUACGGACAAUCUGAGUACGUCCGACAAUUCGGACUAGCUGUGAACACCGACUCCACGGGUCCCAUCGAGAUUGCUGGAAGGAUCCUUCCUCCACCGACCUUGAAGUAUGGAGCGGGCAGCAGACAGCAAAAUAUUACACCACGCGAUGGCGCUUGGAACAUGAAGGACACAAAAUUCUACCAACCUUGCGAAGUCAAAGGGUGGACUGUCGUUAUUUUUGAGAGACAGCAGCGGUUCAACGAGUCUGCGUGCAAGGACAUGAUUAUAGGGCUGAAAAAUGCGACACGGGAAGUGGGCAUCGAGGGGAUGCAGUCAGAGCCCCUGAUUCGAUACGCUAAUGGCCAAGGGGAUGUUGGCGGGGCGUUACUCGAAGCGGGAAAAGCAUACCAUGCCGCCAGGGGUGCCUUCCCCGCUCUGAUCAUUGUCGUUUUACCGGAAGGUGCAACUGACAUUUACACCGGUGUCAAACAUUUUGGCGAUAUCGUUGCUGGUGUCGCGACUCAAUGUUUGAAGAGUAGCAAGUGCUACAGAGCUAAGCCUCAAUAUUAUGCGAACGUCUGCUUGAAAAUCAAUGUCAAACUCGGUGGUAUCAACACCAUUCCAGAUCCCAGAUCCGUUCCGUUCCUCACCGAUCAAGCAAACCCCACCCUUGUCCUGGGUGCCGAUGUCAUCCAUCCCGCACCUGGUUCGGCCGGUCGACCUUCCUUUACCAGUCUCGUUGGCAACGUUGAUUCGGAUACAUCCAAGUACAUUGCCAUUACCAAGGUCCAAACCUCACGACAGGAGAUGAUCGAGGAUCUUGAGGAUAUGGCCGCUCAUGUUUUGGGGAAAUAUAUCGGGUACCGCAAAGUGAAGGAGAGGAAGCCUAGUGCCUUUCCGAAACGCAUCAUUUUCUACCGUGACGGUGUGUCAGAAGGACAAUUUAAGACGGUACUCGAGACCGAGGUGCCCCGCAUCAAGGCGGCGUGCCGGAGGCACAACAUCAAUCCGCUUCCAAAGAUCACUGUCAUCGUCGUUGGAAAACGUCACCACGUACGAUUCUUCCCCAUAUCCCAGGAUAAGGGCGAUCGUUCCGGCAAUUGUCCUGCAGGAACUGUCAUCGAUCGCGACGUCACACACCCACUCGAGUUCGACUUCUAUCUCCAGUCGCAUGGUGGACUUCUUGGGACUUCUCGUCCAGCUCACUACAAUGUGCUCUUGGAUGAAAACAGCUUCCAGCCCGACGGACUACAACAACUUUCCUUCGCGCUUUGUCACGUAUAUGCUCGAUCUACCCGUUCAGUUUCUAUUCCGGCACCUGUCUAUUAUGCGGACAUCGUGUGCGCGCGCGCGAAGAAUCAUUAUGAUCCAAAAGCGUCUCUCGAGUUCUCCGAUAGCGUAUCGCAGGUUUCGGGACCUCAGGCUACAACCAGCCUCGAGGCGUUCCGGAAGCAAUUCAAGCCUCUGCACGCCAACACUCAGCUUGCGAUGUAUUUCUCGUAAUCGAUGGCUUGCUAUUGUCCAAUCCACCGUGGUGCAUGCUCGCUUCUGGCAUCUGCCCAAUCAUAGUUCCGCAUGUCAUCUGCAAUCCGUUCGUAUUUAUUUUACCUCUGCAAAACAACAAGCGCACACCAACGAACCGGAUUUGUUUUCGAUUGCGUCAAGAAUACCACCUCAGAAUCUCGGACGGAAUUCCGAGGCGCUCCCAUUCAUCGAAGAAAGUGUCAAACUUUACCGCCAGCUAGUUGCUCACCCCGAAAUGGGGGGCCUUUUUUGGUUGCUCCAUGUCUUCCCUCUUGUCGUCAUGGGAAAUGUCACUUUGUACCACCAAGUUUUUUGAAAUUAAAAUAUAUGUUCUCGUUUAUCUCAGUGGGGCGUUUGGAUCCAUGAAUGCAGUGCACAGCAGACGAUCAGUGUAUUCAAGUAUUCAAACGCAUCACC